UUACAAACAAGAAGAUAAUUAUAAGCAAGAAGAUAAAUAAAUCACUUGAGCGAAAAAUAAGGAAGUAGAAAGUGUUUUGUUUGCCGCCGUUAAUACUUAUAUUUGCAGAAGAACAACAAGGCUUGAACACUUUCAAUUAACUUUAUCUCUCCUCAACUUUCAGUUUAAAACUGUUGCUCAAAUUCACCUUCAAAAGUUGGGUGUGAAUUGAGAAUUGAGAUAAUGGGUGCUGGUGGUGCUGGUGGGGUGGAUGAUUACAAGCAUCGUAUUGGUGCAGUGUUGUCACAAGUUAGUAAGAUAGAGAAAAAAGUACAGGACAUCGAACAGUUCUACUUGAGCAACAAUAAAAAGCAAGCAAACAGCUCGAAAGGUGGCUCUGCUUCUAAGGACAAAGACAAGGAUAAAGAGAGACAUGUUGCUCACAUUAAAAAGCAGCAGCAGGAUGCAGCUAGCAGGGAAGCAGCUGCCUCAAAGAGAAUGCAGGAGCUGAUACGCCAAUUCGGCAAAAUAUUUCAUCAGAUCACACAACACAAGUGGGCAUGGCCUUUUAUGGAUCCUGUAGAUGUUAAAGGCCUUGGUUUGCAUGAUUACUAUGAGAUUAUUGAGAAACCUAUGGAUUUCAAUACGAUAAAGAAACAAAUGGAAGCUAAGGAUAUGACUGCCUAUAAACAUGUUCGGGAGAUUUGUGCAGAUGUGAGGUUGGUUUUUAAGAAUGCAAUGAAAUAUAAUGAUGAAAAAAAUGAUUUCCAUGUCAUGGCAAAAACGUUGUUGGCAAAAUUUGAAGAGAAGUGGCUACAGUUCUUGCCUAAAGUCACAGAAGAGGAAAAGAGGCGAGAAGAAGAGGAUGCUGAGGCACAGCUAAGUAUGCAGCUAGCUCAAGAGGCUACUUAUGCCAAAAUUGCAAGGGAUGUAAGCAAUGAGCUUUUCGAGGCCGAUAUGCGCCUAGAAGAACUUAGGGAACAGCUGGUUCAAAAGUGCAGGAAAAUGUCAACUGAAGAAAAAAGGCAGCUUGGCACAGCCCUUACGCGGCUCUCCACCGACGACCUCAGUAGAGCACUAGAUAUUGUUGCACAAGGCAAUCCCGGAUUUGUAGCUAAUUCUGAAGAGGUGGACCUUGACAUAGACGCUCAGAGUGAAACCACACUGUGGAGGCUAAAAAUCUUUCUACAAGACGCGCUGCAAGCUCAGGGGAAGCCUGCAGCAAGUAUGGGUGGCAACAACAAUAACGACAACAACGAAAACAAUAACAAUAUCUUGAAUAAUAACGCUAAACGAAAGAGGGAGAUUUGCGAGGCCCUUGCGAAGACUAAUGCCAAGAAGAAGAGUAAGAAGGUCCCUCCUCCUUGAUUGUUUCAAUAAUUUAGAAUUUAGAUGAACUAUGCUCUAUGACAUUUCUAACUAGAAAGGGAAAAAACGGGACUGUUCGAGCUAUCAACUUACAAUAAGAUGCGGGCCAGAACGUUACAAUCAACUGCUGCUACGGUUUUUACGAAAACCGAAACUGAAAAUCAAGUAUGGUUGUAUGAAGGAGAAACUUAGAAGCUAAAUUUGAUAGUUGUUCUUAGGACUAUAUAACUCAAAAUUUACAAAUUUCAUAACAAACACUGAACUAAUCCAAAACAGCUUAAUUGGAAAGCAAAAAGCUUCAUACUGCUAAAUAUCUAUAUAAUAUAACUCGUUGUGCACUAGAAACCAUAGGGUAUAUUCAGUUUUAUUUGAUAUAGUCACUUUUUAUAUACUUAAUUUUUGUAUUAUAUAGUCAAAUUUUCAAUAUAGUUAGUUUUCAUA